AAAAGAACAAACUUUUGUAUGUAUACACGUGUUCCGUGUGUGCGUUGAACAAUUGUACGAUUAGUAGUGUUUUAUUAUAAUAUUUGUAUGUAUAAAUAGAGAGAGAGACUGGAAUGAAAUAAAAUAAUUCAUUUUCAUUGUACGCUAUCAAUAUGGGGAAAUUAAAAAAACUAAAGAUCAAUAAAGUUAAAAGAAAUAAUCAUAUAAAGACUAAGCUAUCGAAGCAAGGAAAACUAAAAAGUAAACGUCAUACAUCAAAAAAGCAAAUUCACAAACCACCAGUACCAUGUCCAGAAGAACAAGAAGAGAGUGAUCAUGGAGAGGACUUAACGGAUAUGAUUGAAGAAGAUGAUCUAACUUUUUUACAGAAAGCAAUAUCUAACAAAUCUUAUAAUAUACUGAAACAGAUUCAUUUAAAUGGACCUGAUGAAGAGCAAAAAACUUUUGAGAGGAAAAGGAAGAAAACUGACAAUAGCCAACCAAUAGAGGAAUUAUUUGAAAAUAAUAUUUCUAAAAUCAUGAAAGACAAUGUUGGGAAGUCUGUUCGCAUGCUACUUCCUAUAAAAACAAAGGAUGGCUUUGUAAAAAAACAUAUUAUUGAAGAAAAUGAAACUUUAAAUGACAAUGAAAGUACUAGCAACAAUAAUGAGGAAGAAAGCAAAGAGAAUGAUAAAGAGAACAAUAGCGACAUAGAAAUGGAAGUAGAUAUACAUAAUAAUCUGGAGAAAAAAGAUAAAAACGAUAAACCAGUAUCCACUAUUGAACUUCUAGCAUGUCGCGAAGAGAUAUUGAAAUCUAAACGUUUCAAAAUAGGCAUACUUUCAAGUGGCAUCUUGGAAAAUCCAGAAAAUAAAAUCGGAAAUUUUAAAAUGCUGCUAGAUUUCAUGGACGAGAGAAAGCCAGAAAUUUACAUCACUGUGAGAAAAGUGACGAUGCUAUCUCUGUUGGAGAUAUUUAAAGAUUUGCUGCCAUUAUAUAAUAUAAAAAAAGUUUCUGAAAAAGAAGUAAAAUUGAAAAAGGAGAUCCUUGCCCUACAGAAUUACGAAGCUACAUUAUUAAGAAUUUACAAGAGCUAUCUACAAAGACUCGAGAAGAUGUCGAAGAUCUUGAGAAGGAAAAGAGGGGACACGCGACCGAUGAAGGAACAAGAAGUGCAAUUGGGAGAAAUAGCUGUGUCGUGCAUGUGCGAGCUUCUAACCGUCCAUCCGUACUUCAAUUUUUCCGUUAACAUAGCAAGUUACGUUCUUUCCUUCUUGGAUAACAAACGUAGUAGCGUGAGAGAAAGAGUAGCGCAGUGCAUCUCCCAAAUAUUCAAAGAGGAUAAACGCGGCGAACUGUCUCUCACAAUAGUCCGAAAAUUAAAUCAAUAUAUCAAGGCAAAGAAACAUUCGGUUUAUCCUGAAGUUAUAACAGUGUUGUUAUCUCUUCGCAUAAAAGACGUGAAUUUAGAUAAGGAAAAGGAAGAGGAAACGAAGCAAAAGAAGCUCAUGUCUCACAAACAGAGGAUCCUCGCGUUAAGCAAACGGGAGAGGAAAAAGAGCAAGAAACUGGAGCAAGUGGAGAAAGAGUUACUUGAGACGAAAGCUGAAGAGAACAAGCAGGCGAAACAAAAGAUGCUCACAGAAAUAACGAGCAUAGUAUUCACGAUAUAUUUCAGAAUUUUGAAACAAGCCCCCAAUAGCAAAGUGUUGUCCGCAUGUUUAGAAGGAUUAGCUAAAUUCGCGCACUGCAUCAAUAUAGAUUUUUAUCAGGACUUAGUGGGCGCUAUAGAUAGAUUAAUAGAAGAAGGUAACCUGGGAUUGAGGGAACAACUACAUUGUGUUCAAUGUAUAUUUACAAUCUUAUCUGGUCAAGGUACAGCGCUGAAUAUCGACCCGUAUAGAUUUUACGCGCAUCUGUAUAAAAAUUUAUUGAACGUCCAUUGUGGGAGAACGCACGCGGAAAGUGAAAUUGUACUGAAGACGUUGAUACAAAUUCUCAUUCAUCAGAGGAAGAAGAUCACGCAGGCUCGUGUGAUAGCCUUCGUGAAGAGAAUAAGCACGUGGGCUCUACAGUCGCAACACAACACAACGCUGGGAAUACUCGGUAUCGUUAAACAAGUCAUGCAACUCGGGAAAGCGGCUCACGGUUUACUGGACACCGAUUGCACCGGAGACGGUCAUUAUCAGUCCGAAAUCUUAGAGCCCGACUAUUGCAACGCGCAUUGCACCGCGUUGUGGGAAAUUGUUGCGUUACAGCGUCACUAUCACAGUGUGGUACAACAACUCGCUAAGAAUAUAGCAUACGCGGUACCUACGAGUGGUGAAGGUAGUCUGCCUACCGAAAUUGCGAAACUAACACCGAAUGAACUUUACACGGAAUAUGAUCCUGCGGGUGUAGCGUUUAAACCUAGCGUACCUGUUCCCAGGAAUACCGUUAAAAAAGCAUCGAUAAAUAAUAAUUAUACAAGCAAUAACUUAGAGCAGUAUCUCAAUGCCGUUAAUGUAGACGAUCUGUUUGUAGGCGAACAUGUAGACUUUUACAAAGCCUAUAAAAGUAAUUUGUAAAGUGUUAUAAAAGAUGAAAUAUAUGUGUGUAUAUAUAUAUAUAUAUAUAUAUAUAUAUAUAUAUAUAUAUACAUAUAAAAAUAAAGGAAUGUUUUUUUUUUCUAUAUAGCCAAUAAAUUCUACAACGGUAAUUUAUAACAAAAGAGGAUGAUUAAUGAUGCUUUAAUACAGAAUCGAUUAUAUUCUGUAUAUUUUUUUGCAACAGUUUGAUUUUUCUCAUCAUCAUCCUAAAGAAAUCACCUAUUUUGUUAUAAAAUAUAUCAGCUAUUUGAUAUCUAUAUUUAUCGACGAGGAAACUUGAACCUUCGAUGAUUAUUAUUUAAUAAAUAUCAAUCAAUCAGCAUGGAGAUCCGACCGAUAAUAUAGAUACCAUUGAAACAAUGUCCUUUUAAACGAUCAUUCAAAAUAUGACAAUUUACUUCUCAUGUACAAUCAAUUUUAAAAUUACUACAUUUGAAAAUUAGAGCAAACGUCACUUAAUGUCUCGUAAUAUUGAUCUUAUAUUUCGUUUAUCUAUCUAGUUUUUAUGAAGCGUGAUGUUCAAUGAUAACAUUAACGUAAUACAAUAAUAAUAAUUAUAUAUUCUUAAAUGA